CAAACUUACAGAAUAGUUUAGUUUUUGUUGAGAGGAAAAAUGGAAGCAGGAAAACAAGAGAAAAUCAUCCUCAAAACCCCAGCUCUUCUAAAGUACAUCCUUGAAACAAGCUGCUAUCCAAGAGAACAUGAGCAGUUGAAGCAACUAAGGGAAGCCACUGUCGAGAAAUACCAGUUCAGGAGCAUUAUGAAUGUGCCUGUUGAUGAAGGGUUGUUGCUCUCCAUGCUUCUGAAGCUCAUGAAUGCAAAGAAGACAUUGGAGCUCGGAGUAUUUACUGGCUAUUCACUUCUUACUACAGCUCUUGCACUGCCUUCUGAUGGAAAAAUUACAGCAAUCGAUCUGAAUAAAGAAGCCUAUGAGUUCGGAUUGCCGUUCAUUCGGAAGGCUGGGGUGGAGCAUAAGAUUAACUUCUUUCAGUCGGAUGCCUUCUCCGUCCUAAAUGAUCUCAUUACCAAUGGGAACGAAGAAGGGAGCUUUGAUUUUGCAUUUGUGGAUGCUAACAAGGACACUUACGUUGAAUAUUAUGAGCUGCUGAUAAAGCUUGUUAAGGUUGGUGGGAUAAUAGCAUUCGAUAACACAGUGUUGUUUGGCUCAGUGGCAGAGCCUGAGGAAAUGGUAGAGGAACAUUUAAGGCCAUCCAGAAAACAUACGAGGGAAUUGAACAGCUUUCUAGCCGCGGAUUCCCGUAUCGAAUUGGCUCACGUUUCCAUCGGCGAUGGCCUCACCCUCUGCAGGCGCCUCUAUUAGGAAGAAAAACUAUUUCAGUGUACUCUGUUGAAGUUCUCUGUAAAAUGGUUAACAUUUAUCUUCAAAUAAUGUGGUUGACCAUGUAUUGGUAAACAUAAUCUCCUCACUUGAUGAGAUGAGCUUUGUAUGAUGGAAGAUUAGUCCUUUUCCCUUUGUCUGAUGAGAUAAGCUUUGUAUAUUACAAAGAAAACCUUUCAGCUC